GUCGGUACAGAUAAGAUGAGCAUGUUAGCGUUUCAGUAUGAAGACGCCGCGCCAAGCGAAUGGUUGAGAAUGACAUUAAAAGUACGCGACCCUUAAAUCACAGAAGGUUUAAUUCGUCUGUCGAGCCUAAAUGGAUGGACAACGGAUGAUUACAUUAGGAAAUCACUUGUCAUCAGGGGAGACGACUUAUUGGAAAUAAUGGGGAAUACGACUCCCAAACCGCUCAUUGAUGCGAACCUGCAGCACCGUCCUGUGGUCAGCCGGCAGUACUACACGUUGCCGGGCAACGGCGUGGAGCGCCGCACGUCGGCCCCGCCGGCCUCUCUGGGCCCGGAGCCCCCGCGCUUCCACCCGCAGGCCAAGGGCAAGAACAUCCGCCUGGACGCCCACCUGCGCCGCGCCACGCGCAAGAACAGCUUCUGCAACGGCAUCACCUUCAGCCAGCGGCCCGUGCGCCUCUACGAGAAGGUGCGCCUGCGGCUCUCGGCCGUCCACAGCGGCUGGAGCGGCGCGCUGCGCUUCGGCUUCACCAGCCUGGACCCCGGCGAGCUGGCCUCCUCCGACAUCCCCAAGUACGCGUGCCCGGACCUGGUGACGCGGCCGGGCUACUGGGCCAAGGCGCUGCCCGAGCGGCUGGCGCUGCGGGACAACGUGCUGGCCUUCUGGGCCGACCGGCACGGCCGCGUCUUCUACAGCAUCAACGAGGGCGAGCCCAUCCUCUUCCACUGCGGCCUGAGCAUCGGCUGCCCCCUGUGGGCCAUCAUCGACAUCUACGGCAUCACGCAGGAAGUCACGCUUCUGGAGAGCACGUUUGCGGAGAGUGUGGGAGCCAGCUGUCUGAGUGCGGUGCGGCUGAGCGCCUACCUGCCGCAGAGCAGCCACGACUCGGCCAACUACAGCAACAACCAGCUGGAGAGCAGCCAGGCGGCCGCCGCCAAGAUGGCCACCCUGCAGCUGGCGCCGUACAACCCGCUCAUCCCCUGCUGCUCCUCGUCGCCCUCCGCCUCCUCCGCCCUCAACAACCCUACCUCCUCCUCCUCCACCUCCUCGUCCUCCACCUCCUCCACGUCGUCCACGUCCAAUAGCGGCGGCGGCGGAGGAGGAGGAGGAGGAGGAGGUGUCGGGCCGACCACGCCUCCGCCGUUGAUCCUCUCCUCGGCCGGGCCGAGGCUCAUGGCGCCCCCGUCCUCGUCGUCCUCCUCUUCCUCCCCCCGCGGUGGCGGUGGCGGCAGCGGCGGUCUCGCCUCCUCCUCCUCCUCCUCCUCCUCCCCCCUGGACACGGACCUCCACUUCCACCCGGUGCGCGGCUCCGACGUGGUGCUCUCCGCCGACCGCACGGCCGCCUGCGUCCACUUCCUGGACGGCAGCCGCACGCUGGUGUUCGGCGACCGGCCGCUGCGGCCCGGCGAGACGCUCUACGUGGAGGUGGGCCACCUGGGCCUGCCCUACCUGGGCGCGCUGCUCUUCGGCGUGACCUCGUGCGACCCCGCCGGGCUGCAGGCCGCCGACCUGCCCGCCGACCCCAACCUGCUGCUGGACCGCAAGGAGUACUGGGUGGUGUACCGCGGCUUCCCCAUGCCCUGCGCCGGCGACGUGCUCAGCUUCUGCCUGCUGCCCAACGGCGAGGUCCACCACGGGGUCAACGGCGGCGCCCGCGGCCGCCUGCUCUGCGUGGACGCCUCGCAGCCCCUCUGGGCCUUCUUCACCCUCCACGGCGCCGUCAACCGACUCAGGAUCCUGGGCACUCUGCAGGCCAGCCCUCCCCUCAGCUCUCCCUCCAUCUCGCAGAGCAGCUCACCGGACGACAGUGACUCUGACCUGGCCUUCAGCGUCAACCGCUCCUCCUCCGCCUCCGAGUCAUCUCUGGUCACCGCCCCGAGCUCGCCGCUGAGCCCGCCGGUGUCGCCCACCCUCCCCUCCCCGGAGGCGCCCCCCGGUGGCGGGGGCAGCAAGAGCGGCGAGUGCACGGUGUGCUUCGACCAGGAGGUGGACACGGUCAUCUACACGUGCGGCCACAUGUGCCUGUGUCACGAGUGCGGCCUGAAGCUCAAGAAGCAGAUCAACGCCUGCUGCCCCAUCUGCAGGAGGCCCAUCAAGGACGUCAUCAAGACCUACCGACCCUGAGGUCCUGAGGCCACCGCGGUAGUCGGGAGAGGUCUUUGAUAGAUAGAUAGAUAGAUAGAUAGAUACUUUAUUGAUCCCCAAGGGGAAGUUCUUUUGCGGGGACGGCGGGGUUGGGGGCGGGGGUUGGGGAUGGGGGUCACCAAGGACGUCACCAAGAAGAACUACUGCCCUUGAUCAGAGGUGGACAACUCAGGCUUCAGAAAGUAGCAUGUCGCACCAUGGGUGCCUCUCAUUUGGGCUUUUCUACGUCCUCCCUUCCUCCUCGGUCCUCGUCCUCACUGAUCUAGAUAGAGAAUGAUGGGGCGGCAACAAUGGGAUGGUCUAUCCAGUGUUAGUUAUAGAUCAGUGGGAACGCCCCUCGAGGAUCGAGGAGAGAUGUUGAGAGGCACCCAUAGAUAGAUACUUUAUUGAU